AGCAAUGGUUACUGCACUUGUCCAACCAGGGAAUGGUCCCGAUGGCGUUUUGAGGACGGUUGAUGGAUGGCCAUUUCGUUAUUAUGGACGAUUUACGGAGCCCGCGUCUGUCUUGGAUCCGAUGGAUUCACCCCAUAUCUAUACUGCACCGCGCGUUGGCUCCCGGCAUCAAACCAUGGUUCCCGUCAAUCCAUCAAUCGAGACGGGCAAUGCAUCCUCAUCAAUCCAAAGCGCUGGACGUCCGGUCAAAGCGGACAAAAGAAGCCGGGAUGGUACCCCGGUCAACGUCUCUUGCUUUGCUUCAACUGAAGUGGACACACCUCGUGGUGGCGACGAGACAAUUGAUGUCAUUUCCACCCCCGAUCUUUUGGAGAAGUACCAAGAUUCCGAUUUGAAUGAUUACAUCCGUGACGCUGCUCAGCUGCCAGUUGCUCGCCAUGUGGGGGUAACAAUCCUCGAUGGAGCCCUAAAGACUUUGUCUGAGGUUUCAAGUCUUGAAGAGGCGCGCUUAAAGUUGAGUGAGAAAACGAUCAAAAACCUUGGUUUUGUCAAUUGGACCGAGGGGGAUUCGGAUAAAGUGGAUAAAGUUGUAAGCCAACUGGGUGAUGAUCUCCGUGCUAUACGGAAAGCUUUUCCAAAAAAGAGUGGGGGUGAUAUUACAAAGUUUUUUUACAUGUUUAAAGGUCACAAGUUCCCCGAAGUCUCAGCCCAUGAUGCUCGAAUCGAUGCUUCCAUCAGCCACUCGCCCGAUGAAAGUUCCUGUCUCCUGCCCACGCCCUCCUCCAAAAGGCCAUACACUUGUGUUGUAUGCGAGGUGAGAUCUGCACCUACUUGGCGAAGGUGCCCAGAAGCCUUGAUGGCGGGUGCAACCCAAGCCAAGAAAUCAAUUUGCGACGAGUGUUAUGUGCGCUGGAAAAAAUAUGGCCUGCAGCAUGUUCCUGUUGCAGAGCAAGAAGAUAAUCAUAGAGGUACGUGA